ACUGAAAUGAACAGUUGAGAUUUCUGUUACAUAUAUAUGUAAACUACAUCCGUAAAAAUAAUGGACGUAAUUACGUGUGGCUAUUAUUUCAGAUGACUUCCAAACACUUGCUAGAUUAAAAUGUACAAACCCCAGAUGAAAGCGAGAAGGAAGAGCUGACAGCAAGAAGGGCCAGAGCCUAAGGAAUCACUAGAAGUCUGGCAGACACACCAGAGCUGUUCCCACGACAACAAAGCCCGGGCGUCAGAAGAAAACAAGUUCCCGCACCUUUUCCGGCACUCACAAGGCUGUCCGAGUGUCAGCACCGGAAGCUACCGUAGGGAAACGUUAGCACCGGAUCAAAGUAACCCGUAGCAACUUCGUUCCUGCGUGGAUGCAGGGGUGGUUGGCGCCGCGCGGUCGGUUGGCUGCGGAUCGCAGGAAUAGGACGCUGGGGCUCGGUCUCUCUCGCUGCCGCUAUGAUUCCGGUGUCGUUGCUGCUGGUGGUGGUGGGUGGCUGGACCGCAGUCUACCUGACCGACUUAGUGCUGAAGUCAUCUGUCUAUUUUAAGCAUUCUUAUGAAGACUGGCUGGAAAACAACGGAUUGAGCAUCUCCCCUUUUCAUAUAAGAUGGCAAACUGCAGUUUUCAAUCGUGCCUUUUACAGUUGGGGAAGGAGGAAAGCGAGGAUGCUUUACCAAUGGUUCAAUUUUGGAAUGGUGUUUGGAGUAAUUGCCAUGUUUAGCUCUUUUUUUCUCCUUGGAAAAACACUCUUGCAGACUUUGGCACAGAUGAUGGCUGACUCUCCUUAUUCUUCCUCCUCUUCAUCUUCUUCUUCCUCUUCAUCCUCUUCCUCUCUUCACAAUGAACAAGUGUUGCAAGUUGUGGUUCCUGGCAUAAACUUACCUGUCAACCAGCUGACCUAUUUCUUCGCUGCAGUCCUCGUUAGUGGUGUUGUACAUGAAAUUGGACAUGGUAUAGCGGCUAUUAGGGAACAAGUUCGAUUUAAUGGCUUUGGAAUUUUUCUCUUCAUUAUUUAUCCUGGAGCAUUUGUUGAUCUGUUCACCACUCAUUUGCAACUUAUAUCACCAGUCCAGCAGCUAAGGAUAUUUUGUGCAGGUAUAUGGCAUAAUUUUGUCCUUGCCAUCCUGGGUAUUUUAGCUCUUGUUCUCCUCCCAGUAAUUCUCUUGCCAUUUUAUUACACUGGAGUUGGAGUGCUGAUCACUGAAGUGGCUGAGGACUCACCUGCCAUUGGACCCAGAGGCCUUUUUGUGGGAGACCUUGUCACUCAUCUACAGGAUUGUCCUGUUACUAAUGUGCAAGAUUGGAAUGAAUGUCUAGAUAGUAUUGCGUAUGAGCCCCAAAUUGGCUACUGUAUAAGUGCAUCAACACUACAACAGUUAAGCUUCCCAGUUAGAGCAUACAAACGGCUAGAUGGUUCUACUGAGUGCUGUAACAAUCACAGUCUCACAGAUGUGUGCUUUACCUACAGAAAUAAUUUUAAUAAGCGCUUGCAUACAUGUUUACCUGCCCGGAAAGCAGUUGAAGCUACUCAAGUUUGUAGAACCAAUAAAGAUUGUAAACAAAGCUCAAGUUCAAGUUUCUGUAUAAUACCUUCUUUGGAAACUCAUACUCGCUUAAUAAAAGUGAAGCAUCCACCUCAAAUUGAUAUGUUGUAUGUAGGACAUCCAUUACAUCUGCAUUACACAGUGAGUAUCACCAGCUUUAUCCCUCGUUUCAAUUUUCUAAGCAUAGAUCUGCCAGUGAUUGUGGAGACAUUUGUCAAGUACCUGAUUUCCCUCUCUGGAGCUCUAGCUAUUGUUAAUGCAGUUCCUUGCUUUGCCUUGGAUGGCCAGUGGAUUUUAAACUCUUUUCUGGAUGCUACCCUUACCUCAGUGAUUGGAGACAAUGAUGUCAAAGAUCUCAUAGGAUUUUUCAUCUUGCUUGGUGGUAGUGUACUUUUGGCUGCCAAUGUGACCCUGGGACUCUGGAUGGUUACAGCACGGUAAUAUUUGGUGUCAUUCAACAAAAUGUCUGAAUGAUACAGAUAAGUGGUAAUAUCCAUUGCCAUUGAAAUUCCUACUUGGUAUGAAAUGUAAAGUGUUUCCAUAAGGCACAUCUCUGCCAACAUUUUUGAGCUCUUGCUAUGUCCAGAGAACCCAAACUCUGGUGGAGAAUGAGCAGGAGGAAUGAAGAGUGUAGUCUCUGACUACACUCCAGUUUUUAAAACUAUUUUAAAAACAAACUUCACAUAUUUGUGGAACAAUUUGUAAAAAGGUUCAAAUUCAUUCUUGUAAUACUAUUUUUUGUGACUAUAUAAUAUUUUGAAAUGUAUAAGGGAAAGAAUUCUGUAGGAAUUUUUUUUUUUUUUUUUUUGCAGUGCUAGGGUUUGAACCCAAGGCCUUAGUUAUGCUAAACAAGCUCUCUACUACAGAGUUACAUGCCCAACCCCAGGUAAACUCACAGAAUAAAGCACUAUUAAGCUGAUGCUGUGGUGCAUUCCUCUAAUUCCAGCACUCAGGCAGCUAAGGCAAAAGGAUCAUGAAGCCAGGUAUAGUGGUGCAGGCCUUUAAUCCCAGUACUUGAGAGGCAGAGGUAGAAGGAUUGCCAUGAGUUCAAGGCCAAGUC